CGCCAUAGACGGUCCAUACAUUUACGGUGUGCAGGACAGGAUCGUGCGUGACGUCAGGGCAAGGGCGAAGGUCAGGCAUUUCCGAGACACAAGGUCACCCUCGACCAGCGGCGGGAUACACCAUGUCGACUACCGUGAACUAUCUGGAGCAACUCCUGCUUCUGGAUCAGUUCUACCGAUCCCAAGAUGGCGCAAGUUUGCGCGGCUUCUCACAGGGGAACGGCAGCGUCUUGACUCCUGCAUCUUCAACAAUGGCACACUCAAGCUCUGUGGGAUACGGUGGGCUUGUAGCAGACCUGGCCCCUGCGGCAGACUUCACCUUCGAGCUAACGCUGCUGGCGCUCGUCCGCGCCGUAUUUCCCGCUAUCCUCGUCCUGCUUUACCUCCUCGCUUCUACGGGACUUCCGCAGCAUGCAUUGAGCAUCCUGACGCCUCGCAGCUGGCGUGGGCUCUUGGACGAGUUCGUCACCGACGAAGAUGUGCGGAGAAUGCAGGAGGAAGAGCGCAAAGAGCGCGAGGGACAGGAAAAGAUGGGAGCAAAGGUACAAAGGGGUACAGAGGAGCUGGCACUGGCGCCGGCACCGGCACCCAAAGCAGCAACAACAGCUGGGGUGGAAGGGGAGGCGGAAGCGAACGAAAGUACACAUCUACUUUAUCGGGGAAAUGGCGGCUGGGUCAAUCCUGCAAAUCCGCUCGCACCGACUGACUGCCCCUGGCCCGCUCCAAAGAUCACUCUCGGCCUCACACUGGUGUCUCUGCUGCACAUCUGUGCCCACCUCGCGCUUUUGUGUUACCAACUCACAUUCCACCCAUCAUCGUCCUCUCACGCUCAUGUGUCCCCUUCAGACAGAAUCCUAACACCGGCCGACAUGCGCGAGAUCCUAAGCACACAAUCCCUCAUCCUGCUCUCGUGGAGCUACGUCCUCAUUCGCACACUCUUUGCGCCGCAACGCACGCCGCCAAGGGACACAUUUGCGCUGCUUGUCGUCUUCCUGCUCGGAGCGAUCCUCCAGCUGCAUUACACACUCGCGAGCGCAUUUGCCUCUGUAUGGAGACACCAGGCCGGUACGUACGGUUUCGUCAACGCCUCACGAGCUGUUGGUGGCGCGGCAGGCGAGAGCGUUCGCGGCGUCGCAGGCAAUUUGGUGCUCGAAUGCGUAUCUCUCGCUUCGCUGCUCUGGGCACUGUGGCUGGUCGGCACCAUGCCGAUCGCCGUAUUUCCUUCCUCAAAUGACUUCUCCUCGUUAUCACCGGAGCAAAAGCUGGUACUUUCCGACCCGAUGUACACCCUCUACGCGCCCGAGCGCAUUGAUGUCGAUGCGUCGAAGCUCUCCUCGCCCGAAGACACGUGCACGCUGUUCCAUUGGCUCACCUUCCGCUGGGUCGCCUCGCUGCUGCGCGCCACGCGCAAGGGUAAGCUCGACGAGACAGACGUAUGGCAGCUGAGCAGGUUUGUGAAGAGUCGUGUGCUGAUCCGAAAGUGGAACGAGUAUCGUGUCGGCAGCGGCAGCGGCAGCAACAAGGAAAAGGCCAGCGGUAAUCUAGCGCUCAAGAUUUUCAGGACCAACUCCAAGGACAUGAUUAUCGACUUCUCUCUUACAAUUGUGUCUAGCACCCUGGGCUACGCAAAACCAUUCUUUCUUAAGCGCAUCCUCGAAGCCAUCGAAGCAGAGCGAGGCGGCACGAAGGUCCAUGCGGCAGCAGGUGACUACAUGCAAGCCCUGUCGGCGCACAAGGUCUACGCCGCCCUCGUCAAAGGCGGCCCAGAACACACGUCGAAAGAGACGGCGUACCUCUUCGCGCUGCUCGCCUUCCUCGCUGUUGUGCUGGAGAGCCAGACGGACCUGUAUCACCUGUAUGCCGGGCGCCGGGCGGCCACCAGGGUACGCAGCGAGCUCAUGGCUAGUAUCUACGAAAAAGGGAUGAAGGGCAAGAGCGUCUCCGGACUCGUAGAGAAAGACGAAAAGAAGGCCAACACAGUGCCGAAGGCGGGAGCAAAGAAGCCAGUCGCAGGCUCUGUCGCGGAGAACAAUGCCGCAGGAGCUGCAGUCGACAAGGAUGAGCAGGAUCAGAAUGGGCAAGGUGUCGGCCGCGUCGUCUCCCUGAUGGCCGUAGACGCGACACGCAUUGCCAACUUUGUCGCCAUGCUCACCAUGCUCUACGGUGCACCGACCGAGCUGAUCAUCGCACUCGCCUUCCUCUACAACAUCCUUGGCUGGUCUGCCUUUGCGGGACUCGUUGCGCUGCUCGUCGCAACGCCUCUGCAAAGUAUCUGCACGCGCAUCGGCGUCCGGCUCAGCAAGCGCCUGAGUAAUAUUCGCGAUAGCCGCAUGACUGCGCUCAACGAGUAUAUCUCCAACCUCAAGAUGAUCAAGCUCGUCGCGUGGGAGGGCAACUUCGUUCGCAGGAUCCUCGAGGUCAGACACAAGGAGCUGAAUCUACUCUUCCAGCGUCAGGUCAUCAACAGCUGCAUGUCCUUCCUGUGGACCAUUGCACCCUCUAGCGUAUCGGUACUGGCUUUCGCGAGUUACACGCUCAUCGAGGGAAAGCCACUCACCAUCUCUGUCGCUUUCACUGCUCUCAACCUUUACGUCAACCUUGCGGGCCCGCUGAACGUCAUUCCACUCAUCAUCAAUGAGGCCGUCACGGUGUAUGUGUGCUGUGAUCGGGUCGAAAAGUUCCUCGAUGGCGAGGAGAUUGAGGAUCGCAUAUCUACACUGCACAAGCCGGUGGAUAAGGCAAUCAAGCCGCUCACCGAGAAUGUCAGCUGCAAAAAUGCUACCUUCCGCUGGUCGCUGAUCGCUCCAGCUGCGGACAAGGAAAAACGGACGAAUAACAGUUUCGUCACACGGCUCCAGGGACUCACUCGCAGGAUCAAGCUCUGGGGUCGCAGCUCGGGUGCGCCAAGCAUGUCAGCUACCACUGCAAGUGACGGCGCAACUGGCGAAGCGGACGAAGAGGAACAUCCCCGAAAGCCUUUCGAACUUGCGAACGUAACGAUGAGCUGCGAGCCAGGUCUGACGCUUGUCUUUGGGCCGACAGGCAGUGGCAAGUCGUCGCUUCUUAACGCUUUGCUGGGCGAGAUGGACCUCAUCGCUGGCAAUCUGCACCUUCCCAAACUACCAGGUCACUACGAUCCUUCGACAGGCCUCAAUGGUGGAAUCGCCUACUGCGCACAGCAGCCUUGGCUACAGCAGCGAUCGAUCCGCGAGAACAUCCUAUUUGGAAGCCCCUUUGAGAAGGAGAGAUACGAACAAGUGCUGGAAAUCUGCGCGCUCAACCCGGACCUGGCUAUUUUUGAAGAGGGCGACCUGCAAGAGGUUGGAGAAGGCGGAAUCUCGCUCAGUGGCGGACAGAAGGCCAGACUGGCACUCGCUCGUUGCGUCUACUCUCGUGCUAGGACAUGUCUCCUCGAUGAUGUCCUGUCGGCCGUCGAUUCACACACCGCAGAGUUGCUCGUCAACAGCUGCCUGCAAGGACCGCUAAUGAAGAAUCGCUGUGUCGUUCUCGCCACGCAUCAUGUCGAGCUGGUCUUGCCCAUUGCCACAUGCGUCAUCAAGAUCAACAAGGGCGCCAUCACUGCCUCAGGCUCGCCCCAGGAGCUACGCGCUGCUGGCGAGCUCGAGGACUUGCCGACGCUCUUCAAUGAUGAGGACGACACCGAAGGCUCAGCAGUAAAACUGGAAGGGGCGAAAAGCCAAGAUGCGAGCGUUAAGCUAAAGAUCGGCGCGGAGGAUGCAAAGGCCACGCGCAAGUUGGUCGAGAAGGAAGAACGCGCAACGGGUAGUGUUAAGUGGAGCAUCUACUCGAUGUACCUAAAAGCAUGCGGCUAUCAUUUGCUUGGCUUGGCUGUUUUCUGCAUCAUCCUCGCCAAGGUCAUCAACACCAGCGCACAGCUUUGGCUGUCGUACUGGGCUCAAAGCAACUACAAAGAGCGCUCUGCACCUGGCACUCUCAUCACAAAGGUGUACCAGUCUUCCUACUCGCCUUUCGUGGUCAAGGCAUACUCUCAGCUGUACGAUGCGACUUCCAAGAGUUGGCUCCCUCCCGCCGCACAGAACCCAGCGCCAUACAUCCUGGUCUACGGCGGCAUCCAACUAUCGGAAGCAGUGGUGCUCAUGAUGAUGGUCAUCAUUACUUAUGCAGCGACACUGCGCGCCUCUCGACUGCUUUUCGCACGCAUGCUUGACAGCGUGUCCAAAGCUACGAGCAGGUGGAUCGACAAGACUCCCAGUGGCAGGAUCCUCAACCGCUUUGCGCGGGACGUUGAAGUCCUCGACAGCACGCUGCUCACGAACGUCAGGACAGUCGUGCAAUACAGUAUCAAUCUGCUCGGAUCGAUCCUGAUCCUCGCCGUCUCCCUACCAGCAUUCAUUGUGCCAGCUGCGCUUCUCUCUUAUCUCUAUAUCACAUGUGCUAUCGGGUACGUGCGAGCAUCGCGUGACCUCAGAAGGAUAGAGUCUGUCACCCGCAGCCCCAUCUUCCAAGGAUACGGAGAAGCAUUGAAGGGGAUCGUAACGAUUCGAGCGUUCACAGCGGAGACGCGUUUGAUCCAAGCGCUGUACCAGGACCUUGACACUACAACUUCAUGUCUGUGGUUCUGGUGGAUGUGUAAUAGGUGGCUCUUGUUACGCUUGGAUUGUCUAGGAGGCUUGAACGUGCUGUUCUCUACACUGCUCUCCCUCUCCGGCGCGAUCUCGCCCGGUGUGGCAGCCAUAGCCAUCACGCAGAGCAACAGCUUUAGCAUGUCGAUGUACUGGCUCAGUCGUCAGUGGUCGACACUCGAGCAAGACUUGAACAGUGUCGAACGCGUGAACGAGUACUUGCCUCCUGGCAUUCCACAAGAGGCACCAGCGAUUAUAGAAGAGAACCGGCCUCCUGCUGCAUGGCCAACGACGAAGGCCGGGGUUCGCUUCCAGAAUGUCGUCCUCCGAUACGAUUCGACGCUCGAGCCGGUACUGCGGGGUGUCAGUUUCGAGAUCAAGGCAGGCGAGAAGAUCGGUCUCGUAGGCCGUACCGGCUCGGGCAAGUCCACUCUUGCCACUGCCUUGCUCCGCUUCGCCGAGCUCAGCGAAGGCAAAAUCUUCAUCGACAAUAUUGACAUCAGUACCAUUGGCGUGAAUGACCUGCGCUCGCGCUUGAGCCUUAUCCCCCAAGAUCCCAUCCUUUUCAAUGGAACGAUCCGCGAGAACUUAGACCCGUUCCGGUCAGCAACGGACGAGCAAUGCCUCGAGGUGCUGGCAAGGGUCAACUUGACGUCGUCGCCAUCAGCGAGUCGCACCCACAGCCGAGGUCCAAGCCGGCCGGCAUCAACCCGCAACGUCUCCACGUCUUCGUCAGAUGCAGCGAAUACCAUUAAGGUAAAUACAAACACGGAAGCUUCGAUGUUGCUUACGGCGUCGCACCAUGAGACUAUAGAGCACAUCCCCAAAGCCAGCCUCACGCUCGACUCUAAGGUUUCCGAAGGGGGUGGAAACCUCUCGCAGGGACAACGGCAGCUGCUAGCAAUGGCACGUGCCAUGCUGCGUGAUUCGAGGAUCGUCAUCGCUGAUGAGGCAACCGCGAGCAUUGACUUUCAAACCGACCAGCAGAUCCAGCGGGCCAUCCGCGAGCACUUCACCGACCAUAUCAUGCUGGUCAUCGCUCAUCGUCUGACGACCAUUGCCAGCUUUGACCGUGUGCUGGUACUAGACAACGGCAAAGUCGUUGAAUUUGAUAGUCCGAAGAAUCUACUGGAAAACAGUGAGGGUCACUUCUAUAAGAUGUGCAAGCAUUCUGGCGAUUUUGACACGCUGCAACGGAUGGCCAACGAGCCCCAUCCUAAGAUCAAUGUAGAGUAGAGCAUGGCAGUAUUAUGCUGAAACUUUCUGCUUUGAAUUUCAUAACUCGGCGUCAUCGUCCUCAAGGUCAAUCUCUUCCUCUGGGUAGUCUCCCACCUUGACCUUGUCUGGUCUGGCAAAGCCACCGUACUUUAGCCUGCAACUGAAAUAACGCUUGCCGGCAACACUUCCAUCGUUUUUCCCUACCGGUUCAUCAUAUUCGACUCCGAUCCAUUUGCCGCCGGCCGCCGCCGCACCGGGCCCUGCGCCAAACUCUGUCUCACCGAU